GCCAGUAAAGCUGAAACCUACUUGAUAAUCUCUUUGCUCUGAAACCAAAUGCAUCACUUGACUGCGCGUUAAAAGUGAAUAGAGUUUGAUCACCUCAAGCUACAAGCUGCUUUGCUCCAUAAGAAGGACCCAAAAGGACCCGAGCAUCAUUGUUUUUCAAUCUACCUGAGAAGCUUUUACUUUCUGCCUGAGACUCCAUGAUUUCAGGAGGGAGUCUUUUUUUUUUUUUGACUGUUGAAAAGUUUCUUAUGCUUUAAAGGAAUCCAGUUUUUUAAUUAUGGGUUGAGUCGGAUCUAAAGGAGUAUUUUUUUUUUUUUUGCUUGACCCAUAGGGAAUACUUAGAGGGAAACUUAGGAAGAGAAAAUGGGAUCUUAUUUUCAACUAAAAACUAUACUUUAUUCUGAGAAUAUUUACAGACUAAUUGAAAGGGAAAUUAAAUACUGACCAAGGACAAUGUCUGAACUUCCCAGUAACUUAUCAGCAAUUGACUCUACCCUGUGGAAAAGAAAUUCAACGGACCUUUUAACAUCGCCAGGAACUCUGAAUAUUUAUCUAUUUUGCCUGACGUGCUUGAUGACUGUAGCAAUCCUGGCGGGCAGCAUUUAUUCACUAGCCUCCCUGCUGAGAAUGCAGAACAGAACUGUUGUGUCCAUGCUUGUGACUUCCUGGUCUGGGGAUGAUCUCAUGAGCGUCCUGUCUGUGACCAUCUUCCUGCUCUUACAGUGGCCCAGCGACGUCCCCGGCUACGUCCAGUCUCUGUGCACCACCUCUGCCUUACUCUACUUAUGCCAGGGUCUCUCGAGCAACUUGAAGGCGACUCUGCUCGUGUUCUACAACUUUUACACCAUGCACAGGGAUGUGGGGAGCCACGCAGCCUCCGGCAGGGACCGCCAGGUGUUGGCGGCGGCGCUGGUUGUAUGGGCUGCCAGCCUGGGCCUGUCCGCGCUCCCGCUGUGCGGCUGGGGCACCUUUGAGCGCACGACCUGGGGCUGCGGGCCGAGCAGCUCCAGCUCCUACGUGCUGCUGCUCUUCGCCGUGUACACUGCGGCCCUUGGGCUCCUCGCUGGCUUCUCGGUCCCGCUCACUCACCAGCUCCUGUGUUCCCAGGAGCUCUACCCCAACUACCAGGAAAUUUCCCGCGGCGCGUCCACUCCCGGGACCCCUCCUCCGGGGAGUGGAGAAGGGUUCUCCCCGUGCCCCGAUGAGGCCCAGGGCCCUGCCCCGCGGUGCCUGGAGGGCUAUUCCCCGAGUUCGGACACGGACUUUGCAGCUGGGCCAGGGAGCAAAGCUGUCGCCGGGGCUGGAGCCUGCGUGCGCGGUGCCCCAGGGGCGCGCCUGGGCGCCCGCGGCCGCGCGGUGAGCACCGCGCAGAGGCGCUUCUCCUUCGUGCUUGCGCUCACCAAGGCCGCGCUGUGGCUGCCCAUGAUGAUUCACAUGCUGGUCCAGCACGUGGUGGGGUUUCAGAACCUUCCCUUGGAGACACUCAGCUUUCUGUUAACUCUGCUGGCUUCGACUAUCACCCCAGUGUUUGUCUUGUCCAAACACUGGACCCACUUGCCCUGUGGCUGCAUUAUCAACUGCAAGAAGAACACCUACCAGGAAGCAUUUGAUGGGAAAAACAUCAAAAGGAGAGGAUUUGAAUUCAAUUUAUCCUUCCAGCGAAGCUAUGGAAUUUAUAAAAUAGCACACGAAGAUUACUAUGAUGAUGAUAAUGAAAAUUCUAUAUCCUUUCACAAUCUUAUGAACUAUGAGUGUGAAACUACAAAAGACCAUCAGAGAGACACUUGUAAUAUCUUCAGUACCAUAAAAGUGGAAAUCAGCACCACACCCUCUCUGGACAGCUCCAUACUAAAAGGCAUCAACAAAUGCACUAAUACUGAUAAUACAGAAGCUAGACAAGAUUGCCAUGAUGAAAAGAGUGUCGAUCCAGUGAUUUCUGGGUAUACAGGAGGUAAUAGUGCCUAUGAAGAAACUACUUUCUUAAAAGGACCAGAAAGAAGACUUUCUCAUGAGGAGAGUCAGAAACCAGACAUCUCAGACUGGGAAUGGUGUAGAAGUAAAUCAGAAAGAACCCCUCGUCAGCGUUCCAGUGGUGGCCUUGCCAUCCCCUUGUGUGCAUUCCAGGGGACAGUGUCUCUCCAGGCCCCUACAGGGAAAACUCUGUCUCUUUCCACCUAUGAAGUAAGCGCAGAAGGGCAGAAGAUAACCCCAGCCUCUAAGAAAACAGAAGUGUAUCGAUCUAAAAGUGUUGGCCAUGAACCUAAUUCAGAGAACUCUCCAUCCACCUCUGUGGAUACCAAUGUGAAAAUACACUUGGAAGUUCUCGAAAUCUGUGAUAAUGAAGAGGCCUUGGACACUGUGUCAAUCAUUAGCAACAUCAGCCAGUCCUCCACACAGGUCAGAUCUCCAUCUCUACGCUAUUCACGAAAAGAAAACAGAUUUGUUUCAUGUGAUUUAGGGGAAACAGCCUCCUACUCUCUCUUUUUACCUACAAGUAGUCCUGAUGGUGAUAUCAACAUCUCCAUCCCAGACACUGUAGAAGCACACAGACAAAACAGUAAAAUGCAGCUUCAAGAGAGAGAUGGCUACCAGGAGGAAAUCCAGUUGUUAAAUCAAGCUUAUAGGAAAAGAGAGGAAGAAAGUAUGGGUAACCCGUGAUCAUUUGAAUAGUGAAAUGAAAGCAACAAUGCUCUGCAACUCCAAACCUUUGUUUCGACCCUGAUUUUCCUUUCAAUUUGUUGGUUUUCAUCAGCUUUAAAGACUUACAAUUUGAUUACUUUCAGUGUGAAUAGCUAGAAUCAGUACCAAAAUUUAAGUGCUUUGGGGUGUUACCUAUAGAUCACGCACUAUAGCAACUAAAAGAUUUUAUGUGAUUUCUCAUGUGAUUUCCAAGACUCUUUUCUAAAUCAAAUUAGGCCUAGGUUAUUAAUGUUUUUGCCUUUGUUUAUCAAACUCAGAAUAAAAAGAAAACAAAGUUCAAUUGGGUAUAUUGUUCACAGGCACAUGCUCCUACACACAGUAUUGGCUUUUACUACACAAGGGAAAAAGAUAAUUUGGGAAUGGAAGCAAUUGCAAGUUUCGUAUUUGAAGAAGUUUGUCUACAUGGCGUUAGCAAAACAAAUUUAGUAGUUACUAUGUUAGCAUUCUACUUUGUCUAAGAAGUAUACUUUUAUGUAAAAUGGAAAAUUAGCUUCUGACAUAAAAACAUGCAUGUUCCUACUCUGUACAUAUUUGCUUCUUCAUUUCUAUGAAAUACCAAUUGUUUACUGAAUGUUUUUCUCUCUUAAAUAUAAGUAUCUUCUUUUCCUCUUUCCAGUAUGUUAAGAUGGCUCUUACAACAAACGUGUUAUAAGCGGAAUUAGAAGUAGUAAUUAAUCUUAAACAUUAUUGGGAAAAGAUGUAAACAUAUACUUAAUCAUUUCUAAAAUAUUAUUUGAAUGGAAAUUGGAGGGGGACACUGUCAGUUUAAGUUUUGUUUUCGAUAUUAUUCCAAGGCUAGGUGCUUUUUUUCUUUCCCACAGACACCUGCAUCUAAAGCAAAGAAAUAGUCCAAUAUAUUUAACUAAAUAAGGCAUGCAAGUCAAAGACUCAUUGUCAAGUGGCUUACAUUGCCAAAAGUGCAGUUAUCUUGUCACAUUAGAAAUAAGUAUUUCAAAAAUCCUGAAGUAUUUGUUCUUCAAGUUGCUUUAUUAUGGUCAUUUUUAAAACAUACAUUAAAUACACUAUUGUUUAUUUAGCAGUUAUUCAGAGUUGAAAUUAUAUGGUCUAAAACUUGUACACCCUACUUACAUAUCUUAUUUACCACAGACUAAGUGAAAUAUUUUUAAUGAUUUACUUUGGUUUCUAUUUCAUCAUAUUAAAUUAGAAUUCUAAAUUACCUGACACAAACUUUCUGCUUUUAUCUAGAAAUUUUUGACACUAAGAAAUCAUUUUCAAAAUAAUUAUCUUAAUGAUCUUUUCCUACCACUCAGUUAACUUUUCAGCCUAUCUUGAUUUAAACUUGGGAUGCAAAUAUAAUGCUAUUAGUAAUGUUUGUAAAGGAAGCCUCAAAUAAUGCAUAACGUAUAAAUUCAAAUUCAAAUGUGUUCCCAGAACAUUUUAGUAUUUAUUUAUUUAAGAUAGAGGCAUAGAGAAGUUGAGAAGGAAGGGAGAGAAUACCUGCAGCCCUGCUUCACCACUCACAAAGCUUUUCCCUUCCAGGUGGGGGCGGGGGGCUUAAAUCCGAGUCCUUGAACACUGUAAUGUAUGUAUUCAAUCAGAUGUACAAUGUACUGCUAUCUGGGCCCCUACACACAUAUUAUUUUUAAAAGACUUUUUUUUUCUUUGCCUCUAGGGUUCUCACUGAGGCUCAAUGCCAGCACUAUGAAUCCACUGCUUCUGGCAGGCAUUUUUUUCCAUUUUGGGUAGGACAGAGAUAAAUUGAGAGGGAUGGGGAGGUAGAGAGGAGGAGAGAAAUAUAGACACCUGCAGACUUGGUUCACCGCUUGUGAAGUGUCUCCCCUGCAAGUGAGGAGCGGGGGCUUGAACCAGGAUCCUUGAACAGGUCCAUGCAUUUAGUCCUGUAAGUGCUUAACCAAGUGUACCAUCGCACGGCCCCAUAAAUGACUUUUUAUCCACAAAUUUAAAUAUUAUUUUAACACAGUGACAAAUGGCCAGAUCAAUCUGAUGUUAUAAACUACUAUCAUUAAAUACCUGUUACAAAAGAAAAUGUUGAAUAUUCUUAUAAUAUUUUCAAAAUAUAGGAUUUGAUAUGUCAAAUUUAUAUGUAUAAUUUUGUGAAAGAGAAAGUGAUAUGUUGCUUUAAAGUAUAAUAUCUAGUGGCAAGGAAUUUAAACAAAGAGUAAUAUUAUUUAUAGUGAUUAUGAUUCUUAAAAUGUAUUGCUGGUAUAGAAAAUACCACUAUAGACAUUGUGUGCUGUGCUUAAAUAUAUUACCCUUAAGUUAUUAUAUUGUUCUUAAAUUAAUAAAUGCUAUAUUUCACAUAGUUUGCCUCUUUUCUUUAUAAAUUGGUAUAUCUGAAGACAAAAACUAUUUGUUAUCUACUAAAAAAAAAAAAAACAUGAGCUCUACAAACCAAAAAGAAACAACCCUAAAGCUCCCUAAUAUGAGCACAACAUAUAAUCCCAAAGACUGCCACAAGCUGACUGACAGAUCACCAUCUGAAGACAGCAGAUAUCACAGAAUUAGUCAAAUUACAUCAGAGAAAAGACUUGACUAUACAUUACUUGGACAUUUUUCUCAAUGUAGUUUUGUAGUAUGAUUGAUGUCCAUAAAAUUUUAUCUUAAUUUUCUAAAGAUGUAUUUAUUACGUAUG